GAAAUUUCGUCCCAACAUAUUUGAGUAGCUGUCAAUAUGGGUUUGGCCCGUGAGGCCGGCCCAGCCCAGUCUUUUAAUUAAGUAGGAUUGGGUUACGUUUUUUCUAGCCCUUUUAGAAACGAGGCUUAUAAGCCCAGCCCUACCUGACCCUUUAGCCCCAGAGGCCUAGCCCGUCGGCCUUAGAGGCCAGCCUGUCGGCCAACAAUUAAAAAAUAAUUAUAUAAUAUUUUAUAUUAGUCUUUUAUUUAUCAAUUUUAAUAAAUCAUAAUACAAAAAAAAUUAAAAUACCCACUACUACGUCCAACGCCCCAACCCCAUUCAACAAGCCCAAACGACCCAACCUACAUAGAAAUAGAAACUAAUUUACUGCCUAUCUUUAGGGUUUACAAAUUAGAAAUUACAAGUCCUAUCAUUUUCAUUUGUUUUCUUUGAAACUUGGACUUGCUGUUGCGGCUGUGCUGAAAGCUUGAACUGCUGCCUGAGUUUCCUUCCAUUUUCAAUUUCUUCACAAAAUUGAGUUCUUAUAUAGGAGAAUCAAUGGAUGGUGUUGAUGGACAUAGUGCAGAUGAGAAUUCUAUAGAGGUGAAUGAAGAACCUGAGAAGAAGAAAAUAAAGCAAUUAAAAUCAUAUGUUUGGACAUAUAUGAAAAAGAUUGGUAGAGGCAAAGAUGGCGUGGAAAGGGCAGAAUGCAGAGGCUGUAAGGGAGUAUACAAGGUUGGUUCUACUCCAGGACCAAAUGGUAAGAACUAUGGAACAUCACAUUUAAAACGACACAUACCUAAAUGCAAAAUGCUCAAAUACCAUGAUUUGGGUCAGAUGUAUAUGGAUCAGCAAGGUAACAUACGGUCGAAAAAAAUUGAUCACAUAAUUUCACGUGAUUAGCUUGCUGAAGCUAUUAUUGAGCUUGAUUUGCCUUAUUCUUUUGUUGAAUAUAAAAAAAUUAGAGCUUGGUUAGAUUAUGUUAAUCCAAAAGUAAUAAUGCCAUCAAGAAACACUUUUGUUGUGGAUGUUCAAAAGGUGUAUUUUAAAGAGAAAGAAAAGUUAAUAGGAGCCUUGACCAAGAUUCCUAAUCGAGUUUGCUUAACUUCUGAUUGAUGGACAACAGGUACGUCUGAGGGUUAUCUUCGUUUAACUGCUCAAUAUGUUGAUGAUAUUUGAAAGUUAGUUGCUAAAAUUUUAAACUUUUGUUGUAUGGUUCCUCCUCAUACUGGAGUUGAAUUGGCUGCAACCAUAUAUGAUUAUUUGAAGAAAUGGGGCAUUGAUAGGAAGGUUUUCUCUAUUACUUUGGAUAACGUCAUUAAUAAUGAUAGCCGGCAAACUAUUUUAAAAGGACAUCUUGGCUUGCAAAAGAGUUUAUUAUGUGAUGGUGAAUUUUUUUCAUGUGCGUUGUUCUGCUCAUAUUCUUAAUUUAAUUGUCCAAGAAGGAUUAAAAAUAGCUAUUGAUGUCUUGUUUAGAAUUAGAGAAAGUGUGAAGUACGUAAAAGAAUCCGAUGGUAGAAUGAAAAAAUUUGAACAAUGUGUUAAGCAAGUGGGGAUUAGUACAAAAUUGGAUUUACGUUUGGAUGUGACAAUCAGAUGGAACUCAACGUACUUGAUGCUUGAGAGUGCACUACAAUAUGAAAAAGCUUUUUUCAGUCUACGGUUGGUCGACAGAAAUUACUCUCUUUGUCUUACAUUUGAUCAUUGGAGAAGGGCAGAAAAAAUAUUUGGGUUCUUGGAACCUUUUUAUGAAAUAACUAAUCUGAUUUCUGGUUCAAAUUAUCCGAUAUCCAACUUGUACUUUAUGCAAGUUUGGAAAAUUAAAUGCUUGUUGAAGGAGAAUUUAAGUAGUUCUGAUGAAGUUAUUAAGGAAAUGGCUGCAAGAAUGCUCAAAAAGUUUCAGAAAUAUUGGAAUAUAUUUAGUGUAGUACUCUCAUUUGGAGUCAUUCUUGAUCCUCGCUUCAAGACACAACUUUUAGAAUUUUGUUUCUCAAAGGUGGAUGCUUCUUCAGCAAAAAAAAGUGUUGCAACUAUUGAGAAAAAAUUACACAAGCUCUAUGAACAAUAUGAAAAUAAUCAAGCUAGCACAGUGACAGCUACUACUCUUCAAUGUAAACCAAAUGAAGAGGAAGUCAAUCCAAACAAAAAAAGUCCAGUUUAUUUGUUGAGUUUAAAGAGUUUGAGAGUACAUGUAUUUGCAAUGCUGGAAAGUCAGAAUUGACUCUUUAUUUGGAGGAACAAAAGCUUGAUUAUAAAUCUUUUCAAGAGAUGGAUGUUAUCAAGUAUUGGAAGGAUAAUGAAAAAAAAUAUCCUAAUCUUUCAGUAAUGGCACGUGAUGUACUAAGUAUUCCAAUUACUUCAGUAGCAUCGGAAUCGGCAUUUAGUAUUGGUGGUCAUGUUGUUACCAAAUAUAGAAGUUGUAUCCAUCAUGAAAAUGUUCAAACUCUUGUUACUAC